AUGCCUUCGAGGAGCGUCUUUUUCUACGAUAACUGGCCAUUGAUCCCUCGUCUUCCUGAAAAAGCCGACGAAACCAAACGACAUAUCGCUGCAAACAUCCAACAAGUCACCGAGGAAAACGAGAAAUACAUCAGGAGCUACCAUUCCGCCUUCGAAGACGCCGAGUUCGUCUGCGUCUACUGCAACCCCUCGAGUCUCAGGGAGUCCGUCUGGAUGGUCCACCCCGCAUAUGCACGACGGAACGCUUUCCUGCUGGACAACCUCUCCGUCGCAGGCCGAGGGGUCCACGUUAUGGCAUACAACCCGCCGCCCACGGACACACAGGACGAGCUCUCGGGGUACUACCGUCACAUAGAGGAUCCACUAGAAGAUCUCAAUCCCCGCGUCUCACUAUCAGAUAGCGAUAUAUCCCUUCUCAGGAAAUACUGGCCUAAUAUAGUUGGAGUGCGAGUAUAUGUGUGCGGUGUUAUUAGCCUCCUCGUACACCAUUGGGAUGACGCUCUGGAGGUUACAGCGCCUAGAUGGUCGACGUCAAUAGGGGGAUUACGCACUCAGAUUGAGUCUUUCCAGAAUAUUGAACCAAGUUCCAUUGACAGGAUGGCGUUGCCUGAGAAUGAGCACACUGGUGCUACAAAACAAACUGGGCUUCGCAUUUGA